AUGCCUUUCGGACUCCACAACAACAACAACCCCACCACCACUUCUAACCACACCGGACGCGAUACCGCUCUCGGUGCUGGAGCAGGUGGUUUCGCUGGUCACGAAGGACACCAUGGGCAUACAGCUCGUGAUGCCGCUCUAGGUGGUUUCGCUGGCCAUGAAGCAGGUCACCACGGAGGAGGAACCGCUACAGGUACACAUGGGAACAGGGACGGGCUGAUCGGUGCAGGGGCAGGUGCAGCUGCGGGCCAUGGUCAUGGACACGGCGUACGAGAUGCAGCAAUUGGUGGAGCGGGUGGUGAGAUGCUCGGACGGCAUCAAGGGCGGAACGCUCCCAACGCCGGUGCUAAUGCUUACAACGAUGGGUACACUGGUGCCCAUGGAGCCGGCGCAGGUGCCGCAGGUGUAGGUGCCGGAGGAGUUGGAGCAGGUUCAGGUGCACCCUCCAACCCAAGCAAAAUGCACGGUAAACUCGAAGAAAUCGAAGGCAAAGUCGAACGUGGGAUAGGUAAAGUCGCUGGGAGUGCUUCCAUGGAUGUUAAAGGCGAAAACAAGAUCAUCGCCGGACAACGGGAGCAAGCUGCUGUAGGGGGACAUCGGCAAGCGGAUGCGCUUGAAGCACAGGCUGCAGCACAUAGGAAUCGUGCGGAUGCUUUGCACCCUUCUGGAGGUCGUUAUUAG